AUGAAGGAGAACCCGUUUGCCAUCCACCAGAGACCAAAUCAAGGCUCACCCUCAAUCACACGCGAGCAAGCCGUGAACUCAUUGUUUCAUAUCACAGAGUUAUUAGGCCCGUCGUCUUCUCUUGUACCCCGACCGCAAGGGAUUUCAUCUUCAGUGUCCGGCAGCCCUGACCCCUUUCGCACAUUCGAUAUCUUUGAGAUCCCAAUUGUCUUGGACGACUUGACCAUCAUUGCGCGUUUGUUACGCCGGCAUCUUCACCUGUCUUUCUUCACUUCAUCCCUGACCCUGUUGCGGAGUAGUGGCUUAGUGAUUCAGCCCUCCGACUGGCAGCCCUGCCAGGCCCCGGGCUGCAACAUGAAGUUCGGCAAACAAAUACAGAAGCGCCAGCUUGAAGUUCCAGAGUAUGCGGCAAGUUUUGUGAAUUACAAAGCUCUGAAGAAGCUUAUCAAGAAACUUUCUGCUACCCCGACGUUAGCGGCACAAAAUGAGGUGCACGGUGCUACUGGCCCCGUGGAUUCUCAAGCUGCUCUUCAAGCCAACAAGGCGACUUUCUUUUUCCAAUUGGAACGUGAACUUGACAAAGUAAAUGCCUUUUACCUGCAAAAAGAGGCCGAACUCAAAAUCCGGCUUAAAACUCUUCUUGAUAAAAAAAAUGUCUUGCAGACGAGGGACGGCAUUUCACGGCGCUCCUCCAAGUUUACUACGCUUGAAGAAGGUUUUCAACAGUUCGCCACGGACCUCAACAAGCUUCAGCAGUUUGUCGAGAUCAAUGGUACCGCUUUCUCCAAGAUUCUAAAAAAAUGGGAUAAGACAUCAAAGUCCAAGACCAAAGAGCUCUAUCUGUCUCGAGCCGUCGAGGUGCAACCUUUCUUCAACGCUACUGUCAUAAGCGAACUGUCAGAUCAGGUCACUACGAGUCUUCAGGAACUUGGUGCUUGGUCUGAUGGCAUCCAAGUCAACUUCCAGGCCACCGGCCACGUCGUCACUUGUCAACAUUUCAUGGGCACUGACGAGGGUGAUGCCGACACCUUGCUUCUAGAUACAGUCAUCACUGGGAAUCCGGAGCAGUUGCGAGAGCUCUUGACCAAAAUGCAGUCAGCCAGUACUUUGAGCGACGGGGAGAGUUCGCUGCCCGAUCGGGUUACGCGUACAUUCCUGACUGCCGUUCACGACGCCCCCGAAGAGGCUUUGCGGGUGCUCUUGGAUACUGGGCUUGUCGACUUGCAGUCCUAUGACGACAUCAACGAGAGGAAUUGUCUUCAUCAAGCCACCAUCUAUGGGAAGCAAUAUGUUCUCGAAUGGGGCCUGGAAGCAGGUGUUUCUGUGGAGAGAACUGACGUUUAUGGUCGAGUUCCGUUGCAUUAUGCCAGUUUACAUGGUAGACUCGAUAUGUUGGAAACCCUUUUGAACGUAAAUCCCGCAACCAUCGACCUCAUUGACCACGACAACUUUACUCCUCUUAUCCAUUCCAUCAUUCAAUGCCAUUUGGGCUGCGUUGAACGCUUGCUGGCCCGGUCGGCAAGAAUUGAUCCUGUUUCUGAUUCCGACCACGUCCCUCUCAACUUGGCUUGCGAACGUGGCUCCGAGGCUGUGGUUGAGCUGUUGUUGAAGCAAGGGGCAAAGAUUCUUCCAGAUGCAGAGGGUCUGUACCCACAGCAUCUUGUGGCACGAUCAGGGAAAUCGUCGCAACUCCUGCUGCUUCUCAAACAAUUCGGAGUUGACCUCGACCAGAUUGACAAGCUGUAUGGCUGGACCCCGCUUGUGCACGCGGCCAGCGAAGGCAACGUGGAUUGUUUGCAAGCAUUGCUCAAGGUUGGGGUCAAUGCCAACAUUGUUGACGAGAAGAAUCUCCCGGCCAUGUAUUACGCCGCUUGGGAAGGCCACAUGGAAUGCAUGAAACUGCUCACUCCGUUCAACGCGCGCACAAGGGCUAGCCCGCUCGUCUCACAGUCUUCGCUCGGCCCUACGGGCAGUAGCAGCGCCCCAGGGCCGAUGUCAUUGGAUCCUGACGCCAUCCCUAUUCUCGAAUUACCUCCUCCCAUCAUCCCUCUUCGCCGCUACGGACACAAUUUCCUCGACACCAAGACGGUCGUCCAAAUCAGCUUCGACGACACCCGUGAGCAGCCGUUGAUGUUCUUUCAAGACGGAAAAUACCCAGCGGCGCGGCUCACCAUCUCCUCCAAGGUCUCUGAUCUUAUCCCCAAGAACAUCAUUCUCCCAUUUCAAGAGGAUACCCGGGUAGUUUCUCUUCAGGUUGACAACCUGGAUUCGUUCUCGCUUGACUUUGACGUCUUCCCCACGUACGGAGCCAAGAUCAUUGCCAAAACAGUAGCGCUAGCAAGUGCUUUCAAGACUCAGCAAGCAGGCAUCUCAAGAUGCUGCUUGCCACUUUUCGACCCGCGCCUGAGGGCAAUUGGCCAGAUUAGCUUCAGUACGCAGGUCAUCAAGCCAUUCAAGGGGCAGCCACUUGAGAUCACAGACUUUGAGACAUACUGGAAAGCGACCAGCCAAUUCAACCAACCGACCAACGCUGUGGUGACUGGCUCGAGCCUCUCGGGCGAUUAUGUGCGGCUCUUUGUGCAGUACACCAGCGACGGCGUUCCGGUGGUAUGGCCGCAGUGGACAAUUGCGUGUGGUGGACUUGAAAUCCCACUGUGCCGACUGUCACUGCAGCAGUUCGAAGCCAUUACUGCCCAAAACGCCAGCCGAGCUCACCUACCUGGGCUCGCUGCCAGGACUGUGGACAAGAUUGCCGAAAUAUACCACAUUCUCGCCACAGCUGGCGUCACACUCAAGGAUGCCCUGGCCAUCCUACCGCGAGGCAUCAACGUGAACCUGCAAAUUCUGUACCCCACGCAAGAGGAAGAAGAAGUUUUCGCGCUAGGCCAGGCUUUGGACGUCAACGUGUUUGUGGAUGCCCUUCUCACCGUGGUGUUUGACCACGCCCGCGCACAAAGGGCUCAAUGCCACUCCCCUACCGUGGCUCGCUCCGUGGUCUUCAGCAGCUACAACCCGCACCUAUGCACAACUCUCAACUGGAAACAGCCCAAUUUCCCCGUUUUCCUGUGCAACGACCUCGGACGUGAAGACGUUGCUGAGCCGUACACGCCUCGAACAAGCGGGCGACGCAGCACUUCCAUCAAGGAAGUUGUUCGUACCGCCCAGAGCAACAACUUUAUGGGGUUGAUUUGCUAUUCUAGACUACUGGAUAUGGUCCCUGCUCUUGUUGACGCCAUCAAGUCCCAAGGAUUAGCCUUGGUGAUGGACAAGUCGACCGACCCGGCGGGCUCAAACCCUUUGAUGGAUCCGUUCCCUCGUCCACCAAAGGGCGUCGAUGGCGUUUUGAGGAGUCAUGGCAUUUUGCGAUUCAACGACUCAUUAGAUAUGUAG